AUGGAGGUAGAGAAAAACAUAGACACGUCCUUUAUUUUAGAAAAACUGAAAUUAAAUUCGGAAAAGAUAUUUCAGCAUCAGAGGAUAGGAUUGGAAAUAAAAUAAUCGACUAAGUUUUAUUUGGUCCCUCGCGACAAAUGCAUUAAGACAUAAUAUUGCAACAUCUAUUCUGCACGCUAUCAGAACUUAGUCAAAAGGUUUUAAAUUGACAGCGAAGAUUUAUAAUUCAUAGAGUUGAUUUAAAAGAUUUAAGAUUAAUAAGGGACAAUAAAGGCAAUUGGGACUUUAUUCAAAGAAAUGAAAUUAAAACCACAUUAUUUUUCUUAGAAUUAGAACAAAGCUUUAUAAGGUAGAUCAUCUAUUCAUAUUUAAGAUUAUGUUUCGAAUGAGGAUGUUUGUUAUCUAGAGGAUGCAUCAGGAAGAAUCAAAUUGUAAAUAAGUAAUGCCAUACUCUGCCUACCAAAUAAGAAAGAGAAAAUAGUUAAUGUUUCUGAUUUGGUGACAGGGAUUACGUUGAUGAUUGAAGGAUAAAUUGUCGCAAAUAAUGUUGUAAAAGUUGAAAAGUUUUAUUUGCCUUAACUUCCUUAGACACCUAUGUUGAGGCCAUUAAACUCUACUUCAUAUCUCUGUUUAAUUUCUGGCUUAAAUUACAAUGCCUUAGAGAGCACAACGAAAUAUAGACAUAUGAUCGAUUAUUUAUAAGGCAAUCUGUAUAGUGGGGAAGGAGGAGAAGUAAGAUUUUACAACGAUUAAUUUAGAUUCCAUAUAAUAUAUCAUAAGUUAUCUUCGCCGGAAACUUGUACUGCAAGUUGGAAGAGACACUUGAUCAAUAAUUACUACAAUAAGACUUCAAAGGCGUGUUCAACAAAAUAUAGUUAAACAUAAAAGGAGUUGAUGAAUUAAUUAGUCAGUUAGCAUCAGUUACUCCAGUAGCUGUAAUGCCUGGAGAAAAUGAACCAGUUUCUCAGAUGCUACCUUAGACACCUCUCCAUAAAUCACACUUUCCAGAAACUUUUGAGAAAGACAAUUAACUAGUCUUCUUAAGUAAUCCAACAGAAUUUACUUUGGGGGAUCUGAAGAUUCUUGGAACAAGUGGAUAAAAUAUAUCAGAUAUCAAAAAGUGUUCUUUGGUUAAGAAUUAAGAAGAUGUGGAUCUACUGGAAAUGACAUUGCUUUAUGGAAAUAUUGCCCCAACUGCUCCAGAUACUCUGAUGUUUAAUAUCAAUUUAUAUAUAUUUAGUUCGUUUCCAUAGAAAGACUAGGAUCCAUUUGUAUUGUAAGAGUUGCCUAACAUUUACUUUGUAGGUAAUAUGAAAAAGUUUGGAACUAAAAUGGUUGCUGAUAAUGUCAGAAUUGUUAGUGUGCCAGCAUUUUCUGAAACUGGAACAAUCUGUUUAAUUAACUUAAGCACAUUAGAAUGUUUUCCUGUUAAUAUAUAAUGA